AUGACCAAACAAGACAACAGAUACGAUAUCGUCAUCGUCGGCGCGGGUCCUGUCGGGAUUCUGCUGUCGCUAUGUCUCUCCCGCUGGGGUUACAAGGUCAAGCACAUUGACAACCGUCCCGUACCCACAGCCACUGGCCGCGCCGACGGUAUUCAGCCUCGCUCCGUUGAGAUCCUCCGGAACUUGGGCUUGAAGCGUGCGUUGAUGGCAUAUGAGCCCGCCAAGGUAUAUGAUGUUGCUUUCUGGGAUCCUCUUCCCAGUGGUAAGGGUAUUACCAGGACUGGCAACUGGCCUAGUUGCCCUCGUUUCAUCGACACUAGAUACCCUUUCACUGCUCUUGUUCACCAAGGCAAAAUUGAAAAAAUGUUCAUAGACGAGAUUGAAAAGGCUGGCACAACUAUCGACCGUCCCUGGACGAUCGUCGAUUUUGAGAACACCGGAAAGGAUGCAGAGUACCCCGUUGAGGUCAGCCUCAAGUGCUUGGACACCAACGUUAUUGAGAAUGUGCGCGCCAAGUAUCUCUUCAGUGGAGAGGGUGCUCGUAGCUUUGUCCGAGAGAAGCUUGGCGUCAAGAUUAGCUACAAGGAUCAGAUCUCGUUCGUUUGGGGUGUGAUGGAUGGUGUUGUCCAGACCAACUUCCCUGAUAUUAAGACAAAAUGUACCAUUCACUCAGAUAGCGGCUCCAUCAUGGUCAUUCCUCGUGAGGACAACAUGGUCCGACUAUACGUACAAAUCGCGUCCUCGACUGAUCCCGACUGGAACCCGAGAAAGUCGGCCACCGUGGAGGAGGUACAAGAGGCUGCAAAGAAGAUUCUUCAACCUUAUACUAUUCAAUGGGACCGAGUUGAAUGGUACUCUGUGUAUCCUAUUGGACAGGGCAUUGCUGAGAAGUACACUUUGGACCACCGCGUGUUCAUGGGCGGAGACGCAUGCCACACUCAUAGUCCCAAAGCUGGUCAAGGUAUGAACACAGCUUUCCAUGACGCCCUCAACUUCGCCUGGAAGAUCCACGCUGUCGAAUCUGGCUUUGCCAACCGAUCUCUGCUCGAGUCAUAUGAACCAGAGCGCAAACAGAUCGCCGAGAACUUGCUUGCUUUUGAUAACAAAUAUGCUGCCCUAUUCUCCAAGCGUCCCCCUACUGCAGAGGAAGUUGGCAAUGCCAAAUCGGGCGAUGAGCAAGAGAACGAGUUUGUGGCUACUUUCAAGUCAUCUUGCGAGUUCACUAGUGGAUACGGAGUUGCAUACGAGCCCAAUGUUAUCAACUGGAGCCCCAGUCAUCCUGCUCAGUCACACCUAUUUGGUGUCGACGGUGUGAAGCUUGUAGUCGGCAAAGCCUUUACUCCUACCACCGUUACCCGUCUCUCAGACGCCAAUAUGGUCCACUUGGAACAGGAAGUGCCCGCGAACGGCUCAUUCCGUCUUUUCGUGUUUGCCGGCACCCCAUCAAAGAGCAAGAAAGCUCUCGAAGACUUUGCCAGCAACGUUGAAAAGGAGAAAUCCUUCUUGUCCGUGCACCGCCGACCUGAUAUUGCCGAUGUAUCCUACUUUGAGCGCCACAACCCUCACUCCAAGCUCUUUACCUUCAACUUCAUCUUUGCGUCUGAGAAGAACGGCGUUGAUCUGACAUCUCUGCCUCAGGUUGUCAAGGACUACCACCAUCACAUCUAUGCCGACGAUAUCCCCGACGUGCGCGUACCUCACGCCAAGUUUCCUGCCCAUGAGAAACUGGGCUUCGAUCCUGAGCAGGGUGCUGUCGUCGUUGUCCGUCCUGACAGCCACGUUUCUUGCAUAGUCCGCCUUGUCGAAGGAAGCGGUACCGUAGAUGCAUUGAACUCAUAUUUCAAUGCGUUUUCAGCGAAGCCAUUGGGACAGGGGUCCACGUAUAAAAAGCUGCAUUGGCAGGAAUGCCCCACCGUUCUCCAAAAAGUCACCCUCCAACCUUCACCCCGCAUCAUCAACAUCAACGUACAACCACAACAACAUCAAAACAUCGUCAAAAUGCUCUCUCUAGCUCUCACAGCUGACUUGCAGGGGGUCUCAAACCUCCAACCCCAAGACACAGAAGAGGAGCCAUACUACUACACCUUCAAGGUCCUCUGCAGCUCCUGCCGAGAGGAGCAUCCCAAUUGGGUCAGUUUUUCGCGCUACGAAAAACACGACAUCCCCGGGAGUCGCGGCGAAGCCAAUUUCGUCUGGAAAUGCAAGCUCUGCGGUAAAACGCACUCAGCAUCCAUAACAGCAGGUCCACACGCCUACCAAAUCCCCGAAAACCCGAAAAACAAAACUCAAAAGGUUAUCGAACUCGACUGUCGCGGUUUGGAGUUUACGGAGUUCAAGGCUGAUGGAGACUGGGAAGCAAAAGGAGCAGAAACACCAACAUCCUUUGCGGGCAUUGAUUUAUCCGAGGGGGAGUGGUAUGAUUACGAUGAGAAGGCGGGCGAGGAAGUCAGUGUUAAGGAUGUCAAGUUUGAAAUUAAGAAUAUCAAGUAA